AUGAAACAAGCAAGGCUCUUCAAAACUUCGCUGCUCCUGGCCAACAAUCCCACAACAACACUUUCGGGAGCUUCAAUUACGCCAGCCAUCCUCUCUUCAAUAAUCUCACACCACCACAAUGAGUCAUCUUUUUUGAUUUCUUCAUCAAAUACGAGUGUACAAAAGAGAAAUAUCAAACAAAGGAGAUUUAAAAAUGUUUAUCAAAAUCCCUUUGAUAUGGUUGAUGAAUACAAGAAGAAUCAAGGAAAAGUUCAAUCACUGAUGGACGCUCCAGACUAUACCGGUGUUAUGCUGUAUGAUAGUCUUGUGGAGUUUAAUUUAAAGAGAUAUGAGGAAGCAAGGAACAAGGGUGUUAUUCCUGGCGAGGAAUUGCUUCAGGAAGAACCUCUUCACCAAGGUUGGGUCAACUUUAUGAAAGCAACAAAACCAAAAGAAGGAGAGUAUCAUCCUGGAGAGAGCAUUCGUACAGGUGUAAUUGGACAAAAGGUUGGAAUGGUUCCAUUUUGGGAUAGCUAUCAUUCCUAUGUUCCUCUUACUAUCAUUCAUAUACCAAAAUGUCAAGUUGUUCAAGUGAAAACAAAAGAAAAAGAUGGAUAUACGGCACUCCAACUUGGUGCUGGAUCUAUGAGCGCCAAAAAGUUAACAAAACCAUUAGUUACCGAAGAUGCCAUUUUACCUGUUGGCUUUGAGAUUACUGCUCGUCACUUUAUGCCAGGUCAAUAUAUCGAUAUUAGUGGACGUACAAAGGGUAAAGGAUUUGCAGGUGUCAUGAAAAAGUGGGGAUUUGCAGGUCAACCAGCAAGUCACGGUGUUUCUGUUGUUCACAGAUCACUUGGAUCAACUGGUACAAUGAUUAAUAAGGUAUUUAAGGGCAAAAAGAUGGCUGGUAGAAUGGGAGCAGAACAAGCUACACAACUUAAUUAUUAUGUUUACAUGGUUGAUGUCCAAAACAAUUGCAUCUAUGUCAAGGGAUCUGUACCAGGAACAAACGGUUCCUAUUUAUAUUUGUGUGACGCUAGAAGAAAACCAUUACCUGCUUCACCACCAUUCCCAUCAUUUGUUGUUCCAGAGGGAGAAGACAUCUCAACAAUGACCAAAGAACAAUUAUUUAUGGAAGCUCCUGGAGUUAAGCCAUACAUUUGGGAGACUAUGGGCAUCACUAAGGAAGAACUUGCUCGAGCUGAACGAGAAGAAUUACCAAAGGUUCUUACUUCAGCAGAUAUUGCCUCAAUUCAAACAGCAGACGCUUAUGAAAAAGAGUUAUUGGAAAUGAGACGUUCGAGAAAGAAAAAGAGAGAAAGUAAAUACGAAGAAGAGGAUGAAGAUGAGGAGUAA